AAAAAAAAAAGCGAAACCAGGCAGUGAGGCUGAGUGCCUUCACUGAGUUCACUCUUCUUUCUUCUCUCGUUGGUUUGGUCUGGACAGUCAUCUAUCUUCUUCUCAGGCAUGUCCAUACCAACCCACCAGAAUAAUCUAGAAAUCAAGCGGCAUGAAGAUAAUAUUAAGUUUCUGCAGACUGAGAUAAAUCGCUUAAGUCAUUCAAUCCUUAAUUUGCAAGUAAGUCUUGCAAAGCAUCACUCAGAGAAAGGGAAUGGAACAACAGAUGAAAAUGGUGAUGCUCACAUGGAGGAGGAAGAAACAGAACAGAUUAUGCGACAAGAAGGAUCAGCAGCGACUUUAUUGUGCAAGCUGAAACCAAUGAAAUCUCAUCAUGCGACUCAGGCUCUGAAUUUGGCUCUGACUCAGGAUGUGCUGGGUAUUGUUGGUGUUGUUGCCUCUCUUGGAAGAGUCGAAGAUGACGACCUCAGCAAGAUUCUCUCAGAGUACUUGGGACUGGACACUAUGCUAGCCAUUGUAUGCAGGACACAUGAAUGUGUUAAGGUUCUAGAGAAGUAUGAUGGGGAUGGCAUGAUAAUCAGCAGUACCGGUAUCCAUGGACUAGGUUCUUCUAUUGGGAACAGUAUAAAAGGGCGCUUUCAGGUUAUAUGUCUUGAAGAUUUGAGGCCAUAUGUUGGUGCGUUUGUUGCUGAUAACCCACAAAGGAAGCUCGCUCUUCCUAAGCCCCAAUUACCAAAUGGGGAGUGUCCUCAUGGCUUUCUUGACUAUGCAGUGAACAUGAUCAAUUUAGAUAAGAACUUACUUUCUGUCACUACUAGUGGGCAUGGACUCAGAGAGACACUAUUCUACUGUCUCUUUUCUCGUCUACAAGUCUACAAGACUAGGCGGGAGAUGCUUCUUGGUCUGCCAUGCAUAAACGAUGGAGCUUUGUCUUUAGAUGGUGGGAUGAUUAAAGAAAGUGGUGUGUUCGCCCUAGGAAGCAGGAAAAACAUAGAUGUUAAAUUUCUAGCAUCCUCUGUAGAGUCUAGUAUGCCUGCAAACUACAUUGAAACUGAGGAUAUGCUCAAGAAGCUCAAAUUGGAGCGAACUCAUGUUACGGAGGAUAUGCAAAGGGAACAAGAACUGUUGGACCUUGCCAAGAUGACCUGAACACGAUUCUGUGAUUUUGUCUCCUAAGCAGAUGCUUGCAACCAAGAUGGAGAAAUCAGUAGAUUCAGAAGAUUGGAUACAACAUAUCCUUGCAGGCCAAGAUGGAGCUCUCAGAGGAUUCGGUUUUUGUUUUGUUUUGUUUUUUUUUUGUUUUUUCUUUAUAAUUGUAGUUUUUCAUAUGGUUGUAUGAUGUAUGUAUCAGUAGAACUGGGCAAAGUCUAUUGAUUUUGUUCAUCAGUUCUUUGUAGAUUAUUUUGUAUCAGCUUGAAGAAUAAAUCAGGUUGUUUGAAAAAAAUC